GUGGAUGUAUGCCUACCACCGGGCUCCUCCACCGGCAAAGUGGAAAGAGAAGCGUUUCACAACAGAUUCUUCUUUUUGGGUUGGGGGAACGCAGUGGACUAUAGCUCUGUUUUCUUCUUUCCAAAACUGUGCACUCCUGGAUGAACAACUCAACAUAUUCUUAUGCAUGAUCCAGAAAUCAUGCUUGGUAUUUACCCAAACAAAUUGACAACUUAUGUUCACACAGAAACUUACAUACAGAUGUUUAUAGCAGCUUUACUCAUAACUUCAAGACUUGGAAGCAACGAAAAUGUCCUUUGGAGAUCCACAACUGGUCGGGGGUUCAAUGCUCUAGAAAGUUCUGAGGCUUGUGGCUUGAAGCAAAGAAGCUGCAAUAAUUGAAGAGAAGCAGAGGCCAGCCGUUCCCGAGGAUCCUGUCCCUCAGAGGAUGUUCUGCACCCGUUGAUGCUCCAGUUCCAUCACCAUCUUCUGAAAUGGUCCUGAUUCCCAGGAUGCCCUUGGUGCUGCUCCUGCUGCUGCCUAUCUUGAGUUCUGCAAAAGCUCAGGUUAAUCCAGCCAUAUGCCGCUAUCCUCUGGGCAUGUCAGGAGGCCACAUUCCAGAUGAGGACAUCACAGCUUCCAGUCAGUGGUCAGAGUCCACGGCUGCCAAAUAUGGAAGGCUGGACUCAGAAGAAGGGGACGGAGCCUGGUGUCCUGAGAUUCCAGUGGAACCUGAUGACCUGAAGGAGUUUCUGCAGAUUGACUUGCACACCCUGCACUUUAUCACUCUGGUGGGGACCCAAGGGCGCCAUGCAGGAGGCCAUGGCAUUGAGUUUGCCCCCAUGUACAAGAUCAAUUACAGUCGGGAUGGCACUCGCUGGAUCUCUUGGCGGAACCGCCACGGGAAACAGGUGCUGGAUGGAAAUAGUAACCCCUAUGACAUUUUCCUAAAGGACUUGGAGCCACCCAUUGUGGCCAGAUUUGUCCGCUUUAUCCCAGUCACUGAUCACUCCAUGAACGUGUGCAUGAGGGUGGAGCUUUAUGGCUGUGUCUGGCUAGAUGGCUUGGUGUCUUACAAUGCUCCAGCUGGACAGCAGUUUGUGCUGCCGGGAGGUUCCAUCAUUUAUCUGAAUGAUUCUGUCUAUGACGGAGCCGUUGGGUACAGCAUGACUGAAGGGCUGGGCCAAUUGACUGAUGGGGUGUCUGGCCUGGAUGAUUUCACCCAGACCCACGAGUAUCAUGUGUGGCCGGGCUAUGACUACGUGGGCUGGAGAAAUGAGAGUGCCACCAAUGGUUACAUCGAGAUCAUGUUUGAGUUUGACCGCAUCAGGAAUUUUACUACUAUGAAGGUCCACUGCAACAACAUGUUUGCUAAAGGUGUGAAGAUUUUUAAGGAGGUACAGUGCUACUUCCGCUCUGAAGCCAAUGAAUGGGAACCUAAUGCUGUCUCCUUCCCCCUUGUCCUGGAUGACGUCAACCCCAGUGCUCGGUUCGUCACGGUGCCGCUCCACCACCGCAUGGCCAGUGCCAUCAAGUGCCAAUACCAUUUUGCUGACACCUGGAUGAUGUUCAGUGAGAUCACCUUCCAAUCAGAUGCUGCAAUGUACAACAACUCUGGAGCCCUGCCCACACCACCUGUGGUACCCACAACCUAUGAUCCAAUGCUUAAAGUCGAUGACAGCAACACUCGAAUUCUUAUUGGCUGCUUGGUGGCCAUCAUCUUCAUCCUUCUGGCCAUCAUUGUCAUCAUCCUUUGGAGGCAGUUCUGGCAGAAAAUGCUGGAGAAGGCUUCCCGGAGGAUGCUGGAUGAUGAAAUGACAGUCAGCCUUUCCCUGCCAAGCGAGUCCAGCAUGUUCAAUAAUAACCGCUCCUCAUCACCAAGCGAGCAGGAGUCCAGCUCCACUUACGAUCGCAUCUUUCCGCUUCGCCCUGACUACCAGGAGCCGUCCAGGCUGAUACGGAAACUCCCAGAAUUUGCUCCAGGGGAGGAAGAGUCAGGUGAAGAUGAAAUAGUGGGCAGAGAAUUGAGGGACACGAUUUAUGAAGGCUGCAGUGGCAUUGUGAAGCCAGUCCAGCCCAGUGGGCCUGAGGGUGUGCCCCACUACGCAGAGGCUGACAUUGUGAACCUCCAGGGCGUGACCGGAGGCAACACCUACUCUGUGCCUGCCGUUACCAUGGACCUGCUCUCAGGAAAAGAUGUGGCUGUGGAAGAGUUCCCCAGGAAACUCUUAACUUUCAAGGAGAAGCUGGGAGAAGGCCAGUUUGGAGAGGUUCAUCUCUGUGAAGUGGAGGGAAUGGAAAAAUUCAAAGACAAAGAUUUUGCCCUAGAUGUCAGUGCCAACCAGCCUGUCCUGGUGGCCGUGAAAAUGCUCCGCGCAGAUGCCAACAAGAAUGCCAGGAAUGAUUUCCUUAAGGAGAUAAAGAUCAUGUCCCGGCUCAAAGACCCAAACAUCAUCCGUCUCUUAGCUGUGUGUAUCACCGACGAUCCCCUCUGCAUGAUCACUGAGUACAUGGAGAAUGGAGAUCUCAAUCAAUUUCUUUCCCGCCAUGAACCCCCCAGUUCUUCCUCCAGCAACAUACCAACUGUCAGUUAUGCCAACCUGAAGUUUAUGGCUACCCAGAUUGCCUCUGGCAUGAAGUACCUUUCCUCACUUAAUUUUGUUCACCGAGAUCUGGCCACACGAAACUGCUUAGUGGGUAAGAACUAUACCAUCAAGAUAGCUGACUUUGGAAUGAGCAGAAACCUGUACAGUGGUGACUACUACCGAAUCCAGGGCCGGGCAGUGCUCCCGAUCCGCUGGAUGUCUUGGGAGAGCAUUUUGCUGGGCAAAUUCACCACAGCAAGUGAUGUGUGGGCCUUCGGGGUGACUCUGUGGGAGACUUUCACCUUUUGCCAGGAACAGCCCUAUUCCCAGCUGUCAGAUGAACAGGUCAUAGAGAAUACUGGAGAGUUCUUCCGAGACCAAGGGAGGCAGACUUACCUCCCCCAGCCUGCCAUUUGCCCUGACUCUGUGUAUAAGCUGAUGCUCAGCUGCUGGAGAAGAGACACCAAGCACCGUCCCUCGUUUCAGGAAAUCCACCUUCUGCUUCUUCAGCAAGGGGACGAGUGAUGCUGUCAAUGCCUGGCGACAUUCUGAUGGCCCAGGUCCUCCUCACAAGACCUACCACUCACCCACGCCUAAGCCACUCCAUCUGGACAUUGAAUGACCCUGAGGGACAGAGGCUUGUUGGCCUUUCUCUCUCCCUCGUCUCCCUCCACUCCACUUCCCCACUCUCUGCCCCUGACACAUAUAUACUUUUUUUACAUUAAAGAACUAAAAAUGAAAAAAAAAAAAGCCUAGGGCAGAUAAGAUCUAGUAAAGAAUCUUACUAGAUAUAUCAAAAGUGUUGGAUAGCGAAGGCUAGAUAAUUUAGAUAAUUUAUAAAGGUUAAAUAUGCUUGUGUUUAUGAAUGUUCAGGUUCUACAAUAUGUUGUCCUUGUCCCCUUUUAAAAAAUGGUUUCAGAAAGAAAAACUUGAAGAAUACUAAUGUCUUAGGAAACAUGAGAUUAAGCUUAGGGAAAAUACUUGGUAAGUGUCGAGAAUCUGAUGAAAUGGUAUUCGGUAACUAGUUACCAAUGGUUUAGUUUUCUAAUUUGGCCUGUAGAUACGUCCUUAACUCUGCAUUGUUCUCUCCUGGUAAAGUAGAUGUUACAUGCUUGAAAAAACCCAGCCUCUUGGAAUGGGUGUUUUGUUCAUUCAUGGGCAGGGAUCAGGGUUGAGAUCUAUAUGCAUAGGAAACACAGAGGAUUUACAUAGAAAAGAAUAUCUACUGCAAGGCUCUAUGAACAGGAAUUGUCUUUUACAAAAAAAGUACCUCGUGCGUGAAGUAUUCUUGAAUAGAGAAUGGACACAGGAAAAGAGGCCUGUGGAGGACAGGUAACAGGUGUGCUAUUCAUUUCUGCAGAGGGUCCUCCUCUUAUCUUGUUCAGACAUUUUCAGGUGUGUGUUUUAGAGAGAGCCUGAUUUUGAGUCAGUACAAACUGUUGUUUCUAUACCUCGGUGCUAGGCCCUUUGGUUCACCUUCUCCAAAUCUUCCAUCUCUUUUAAUGGAUGAAUACUCUAUGGAACCUAUGGGCUGGGGAUUGAAUUUCUAAGGCAUAAAUCUGAAGAUCAUGUACACUAGGAAAUAGAUAUGUUCUGAGUGUCCCCAAAGGGUCAACCGAGGACCAGUGAGGGGAAGUUACAGGGAGGUUGAGGGCCACCGCUUAUUAGGGAAAACAUAACCAGAGGCAGAGUAUACAAGGAUGGAUGGGCUGCCUCCAGAGGUCGGGAGUCCUUUGUCACUGAAGAGGCCAAAGAACUAGGCAAGAAAGAUGUAGGGUUUCAAACAUAAGUGCUUGUGGGAGAUGAUGUUUAAUGUCCUUUUAACCCUAGGAGUCCCUUGAGAGGAGCAGGUUGAGCGUGGAGGAGUCAUCUGCUAUUACUGCUUGGUGUUCACACUCUUGCCUUGGAGAUGGUAUGACCAGCAGCAAAAGCUUGAGGCUCUGGCUUCAGAAUCCAUGGAUACUGAUAACUCUGUCAAAUAAGAGUCCCCUCAGAACAGAUCCUGAGCUUUGACACUCCACAGAGCCUCAGAUUAGGAGGAAACAUGGAAAGGGAACCCUCAAUUCUCUCUGAGCAGAAACAAGAAAAGAUUACAGAAUAAGCUUCCCAAACAUAGAAGGAAUAGACUCGACCCCUUGGGUCUGCUUCUGUUGCCUUCUACACAGUCUCUCGGGGACUUGAGUGUUUCCCCGCUGUCCAGCCUUCAGCAUUGCUCCAGGCCACAGCAGAAGCAUAAAUCUCCAAUCCCCAAGAUUCAUUUUGUGGGUCAUCUUCCUUGCCCUAGCAUCUUCCUUGCCCUAGCAAAUAUCCUGUCCCCAUGGUUGUCUUGUGUGUCUGGUCUUUAGUGUUUCCCAGGACUAACUUGGGAAAGAACAUCAGUUUGGGAGCUUUGACCCUAUUUCUGCCUCAAGCCAAGUGUAUCAUCUUGGACAAGUCACUUUGCCUCUCUGGACUUUUGUUUCUUUAUUGGAACAAAUGAGAUGAGAUGGUCUUGACGUCUCUUCCAGUUCUGAUGUGUUCAGUGUUCAUUGGAUAACUGGAUCUGUAAUUGAUGCAGACUCAGUUAUCUGGUCAUCUCCUGCUCGGAAAAUUAUGGUCCUCAAAAGAGAUCAUGUAGGGAAGCCACUAUAAUAGUAGUAACAGUAACAGCCUUAAAGUUUACCAUGUGUUUCCACAUACAUUAUCUCAUUUGAUAUAUGCAGGGCCAGACAUGCUCUUUUAUGCUUGGAACGUGCCACACUCUCUACACUCUCCAGAUCAGUGUUAACUUCAUGUGUUAUUCAGAGUUCUCCAGAGAAACAGAACUAAUAGAUUAUAUGAACAUGAUUUAUGAUAAGGAAUCAGGAAGUUGGCUUACAUAAUCAUGGGGGCUGAGGAGCUGUGCCGUCUGACACCUGUAUCCUGGAGAUUCAGGAACGCUGCUGGUGGUGUAGUUCUGAGAGCCUGAAGGCCCACGUGUGAGUCCCAGCUGAGGGCAGGAGAAGACUGUUGUGUCAGCUCAAGCAGUCGGGCAGAGAGGGCAAGGUCCCCCUUGCUUUUUUCUUCUAUUCAGGCCUUCAAUGGAUUGGGUGAUGUCCACCCACACUGGAGAGGGCCAUCUGCCUCAUGCAGUUCAGCAAUUCAAAGGCUAAUCUCAUCCAGAAACACCCUCACAGAAACACCCAGAAAUAAUGUUUCCUCCGGGUGCCACAUGUCCAGGUCUAAUUGACACAUUAAAGUUCAUCAUUACAUUUCAAUAGAAUCAAAGGGACUUGAGAUCAGGGCCUGCAGCUUAUUCCUUUAUCCACAUAUGUCUGGCAGAGCUACAAGCAGGCCAGGCCAUGACUUCCUUUGUGGCAAGAGGAGAGACAUAAUAUAAUUUCCCCUUCCUUUGCCUAAUAUCUCUCCCUUACUUUUUUUUUUUUACAGUUCUGCCUCAAUACACUGCAUUUCAUGAUCCCAUUAAAAAAAAUCGUUUUUAAAAUGAACGUAGUAUGUCUGGGUUUUCCUGGCCUUGAGCCAUGGAGGUAAUCUAUUUCAAGCAGAUGGCAGAUAUGUGUUGUCACGUACAGUUGUUUUUUUCUGAGAUGAGGAAGGCUCCAUCUUCUGGCACUAAGACUUUGGUACUACAGACCCAGGUCUAACUUCUCCCUUAGUCAUACCCAUCCAGUUUAGCAGCACAAAUCUAAGAGACCCAAUAGGAUGCAUGGCAAAGGCUUAGUAUGUAGAGUUUAAAAGUAGCUGGAAUCUAAGUUAGAAGAACGAAGCUAGGAAUUAGGUUGGAAAGGAGAUAGGAAAAGGGAUGAGAAACUGUGGAGCCUUGUUACCUUUCUAGGACGUUAUCCUCUUCAUGAUAUGUGUGAAAUAUUUUAUGUUCAGAUUGUGGUUUGGGGUAGUCAGAUUUAAAUUUAUACUUUUGCUGGUGGAUGUGCUGAUAGCUAAGUCCAAAUAUUGAUGUGCUGUCCAGACACAUAUGUGCUAAGAAAGGAUCUGGAGUAGAAAGAGGCACCCGAGGGGGAAAUGUGGUUUUAAUGCUAAGGGAAGAUCACUCGCAAGUGUACAAGACUGUAUAACAAAGUGGAGCAAAGGAUGAAUAAAUGAAUGUGCACGUGACUGGACAGGGAGGCAAGUGGGGGUUGAAAGAAGGCUACAUAAUAAAGGGUGAUGGAGAGUGCGUGAGAAGCAGGGGGAGGUCCGGGCAAGCAGGAGAGACACAGGAGGCGCUGUUGAGAAUCCAGUCUGAAGCGUGAAGGCAGGUCUCUGAAGAGAGAGCUGAGCGAGGACAGAAGGAAGUAUCUUGACAAUAAAAGAUAGAUGUAUACGGAGAGAGAAGAAAUUCUGGGUGAUAGAGAUUAUGAAAAUAUUUAUUAAGAAAUGAAAAGUCAGGUGCAGAGUACGACAUGGACGUGAGUUUUUCAGAGUUUAAAGAAAAGGGAUGCCCACGCACACACAGGCAACCACCAGGGAAUGACCUGGCCUUUUCAUCUCACAGGAACUGGGAGAGGAGGCAGUUGGAACACAUUUGUUCUAGACCACUUCAAGGGCUGGGGUUUAAUGGUGGUGAGAAGAAAUCAGCUCUUUGUCUGAACUGGACUUGGCUUUCCAAGUGCUGCUUUGGAAAUGAAGACCGAGAGAUGGAGGAAUUUAUGUUAGUUCAUGAGGCUUUGUGUUCCAUACUUUGCUUCUGUUAAUGAAAUCCGUUUUAAAUAACGCUCAUCAUGCUUGUGCCGAGAAAGGCCACAGGGAAACAUUGGAAAAACAGGGCUUAAGUUAAAUGAGACUAAAUCUUGUUUGAUAUCUGCACAAAGAGGUACAUGCCAUGUUGGAACCAUGUGUUUUUCUAGUCACAUCCAGACUUCCCACAAGAAAGCCAUGGGGUGGGGCUAGGCCAUGUGUUUUGAGUAAAGGAGAACAGAAGAAGGGGAAAGGGAUGAAGAUGUUCCAAGGGAAUAGUCUGAAACAGAAUAGCAUCUGUUUUGCCCAAAACAACAAAAAAAUGAAGAAAAUUACAGUUAAGGCUUAGAUUACUCCCAAAAUAGCACUAUUAAAGCUUUGAUCCUACAUUGAGUUUAUAGACCUGCAAUUUACCAUCUUAGUCUUUUCAGUAAGACCUCUGACCUCUGGCAGUGCAUAUGGUAGGUUUCUGGGAGAUGCAGUUGCAGACCUAUGCUGGAAUCUCCUUCUGAAUUCAAAUUUAACAUUUUUAUAGAAACAGAUGAAUGUCUUUUCCACUUGGAAAUGUCUCGGAAUGCUAAACUAAGAUGGAAAGAGGCUGGAAUGGUUAAUGGUUAUUGGAUCUCUGGCAUUUUGAGUUCUCUGCUACAAUUAGCUACAUUGCUUUGUGUGGUGGGUAAUUGUUUAGUUGCUGUAUCCUUUUUUUUUUCAACUUAUUAUUUUGAAAUACUUUAAGACUCACAAGAAGUUGUAGAAAAUAGUAGAGUGGCCUUUCCCUAACACCAGGCUUUCCCAUUGAUAACAUCUUACAUAACCAUAUUCCAGUUUCAAAACCAGAAAACUGACAUUGUUAUAAUACUAUUAACUAAACUACAGACCUUACUCAGAUUUCAGCAGUUCUUCACAUGUACACAUUUCCUUUCUGGGUACUUUUAAGCUUUGCUGAUUUGCUUGUUUGCAUCAGGAAAGACAUUAUCUGGAUAUAAGUCUUCAAAAUCCUAAAGAGAAUAUAACAAAUUAAUCUGUUCUAAGCAAUAUCCUGCCUAGACUGUUUCCACUGUUUGGCUGUUCAGCAUCUGAAACAAUCCAAGCACAGCUUAGAAAAAUCAGGCAACACUAAGGACAGUAAGACCCGUAGCUUGCUAGCUAGGUAUAGAAGGGAAUUAUAGGUGGUUUCUGCAGUUCCUAUGAGUAGGAUUUGUAUGGUGGCGAGGAGGGGACUUUAGAAGAAAUCAGUAUUUUUGGUCAAGAGCUCGGUGGCACUUCAUUAACGGCACCAGGGAGAGCUUUUGGAAGGAAUAGAGUACAAUGAUAGAGACCCCCUAAUGUGUAGUAAAACACUAUUCUCAGAAUAGUAGAGACAUUUCAUUUGCCUAAGUGUCUGUUCUUAAAUGGAAUAACAACCACAUUGGACCAAAUUAAAUGCUAACACAGCAGCAACCUGGCCCAGAGGUUCGGGGGGAGAGGGAAGUUGAAACUCUGGUUUUGUGGAUUACAGCUUUGAGUUUUGUGAUGGCAUUUUUAAGCUGCCCUGUUUAAGGGUUCUGUGAUUAUACCUGAGUUCACUUCUGCAUACCCAUGUCCUGUAUAGUUCCUAGCACAUAGCGAGCAUACAAAUAUAUUUAUAUAUUUGCUGGAUGUUGUUUUCUGAGUGAAUAAAAGGUAGGAGCAGAAAGUUGUCAUCUGGCCUAACUGGGGUGAAUUUAGGGAGCAUUGCUUUGCUGUAAUGUAGAGGGUUUAUUUUCAAAUGAGGAAAGAAGAAAAAGUGCCUAGACUUUAUCUGUAAGUUAUAUCCUCCAUUUCUAUGUUUACUGGUGGUGAAAUUGAUCUAUGUAAAUGUCUUAUUCUUUGGGGUAUUUAGACUGAAAUGCAAGGUACUUCUCUACCGGCCACCCCAUCAAGAGCCAGGAGAGACCCUGGCCCCAAACCCAGCUCUUUCAGAACGAGACUUUUAGUUUCUCCUGCAAACACCUUGUCAACAACUUCGCAGGCCUCCAAAGGAGAAAGAUGGGAGUCCCAAGCUAGCCCGUGCUUACCCACAUUCACAAUUGCAUGUAAAGGAAGAAUUUGCAAAGAGACUCAAGGGAAAACACAAAGGAAUAAGGUAAUCACUUUUAGUGAAAAACUGUUUUCUUGAAAGGAGGCUUGGAAAUAAUUGAAAGUUGAGCAGAUUCCUACACACACACCAAGACUUUGUAAUCUAGCCUAUUCAUUUUAUGUCCUUUACUAUUCAUGAUAUCCUAGUCUUCUACCCCAUUGUCUGGUAAUUUUUUCUGAGGAUUGAGUUUCUGAAGCAAUGUGGUGCACUCUUCCUAAGAGGAGGAAACAUCUAGGCUUUAUUCUGCAGGCUUUGGAGGAUGACGUGUCUUGUCAAGGGGUAAAUAACAAACUGAUUUAAUUUCUGCUUAAAACUAUCAUAGUCAUUCCAAAAUAGAAUGCAUAAAAAUUCUCUGUAUUAGAAAAAGAAAUGAGAUACCAAUUGUAUAUUGUCUUUUCUUUAUUUAUUCUCUGUCAGUCUGUCAGAUGAUAAAUUGUAAAUAACAGUGAUUAAAGAAA